AUGGCAUACUACGCGUUCCAACACUUCACCGUGCGGUUUCCGCCUGAGCAUCAGCAUGUGGCCCAUGUGGAGAUCAACCGGCCAGAUAAGAUGAACGCUUUCUUCGAGGCCAUGUGGCUCGAGUUGAGCCAGAUUUUUACACAACUCUCCACGGAUUCGUCGGCCCGCGCCAUCGUGCUCAGUGGCGCAGGUGACCGGGCAUUCACGACGGGGUUGGACGUCAAGGCAGCGUCACAGGGCCUGCUGUCGGGGGAUGCAGCUACCGACCCCGCCCGGAAAGCAGCUCAUCUGCGCCGCCAUAUCGCCUCAUUCCAGGAUUGUAUUAGUGCCGUGGAGCGCUGUGAAAAGCCCGUUGUGGUGGCCAUGCACGGAUUUUCACUGGGGCUCGCCAUCGAUCUGUCCACUGCGGCAGACGUGCGGGUAUGUGCACGGAAUGUCCGUUUCGCGGUCAAAGAGGUGGACAUCGGGAUCGCGGCAGAUGUUGGUACCUUGAGCCGGCUACCGAAGGUGGUUGGGCACUAUGGUUGGGUGAAGGAGGUGGCCCUAACGGCACGCGAGUUUGGGGCCGACGAGGCGCUGCGCGUCGGCUUUGUCAACGCUGUCUACGACACCCGUGAGGCCACCAUCGUCGCAGCUCUGGAACUGGCAGCGUACAUGGCCACCAAGAGUCCCGUGGCGGUGCAGGGCACCAAGGAGAUUCUGAACUGGUCGCGCGAUCACUCCGUGCAGGAUGGGCUGCGCUACACCACCGUGUGGAACAGCGCGGCUCUUCAGACGCAGGAUAUGUCGGCUGCACUGAUGUCUGGAUUGCAGAAGCGCACCCCGACCUUCGAGAAGCUGUAG